AUGGGUUUCUUCAUCCCCACCAGGGCCAGGAGUCCAGGCCUCCUCAACAUUCUGGAGGACAGCUUUUUCCAGGAGUUCCUCUCCAAAGACACCUGCUUCCAGAUUUCAGAUACGUUCCUCCUGGCUGUGGGGCUGGUCUCCUUCCGGUGUGCUAACCUGACGCUCUGUGAGCACAACCACAGCAGUUCUUGGCUCUAUGAACUUGACCCUUGACCUCAUGCCCUUGUGUUCCUUGCAAAUGAGAUGGAGGAGGACUUGGAGAAACCUAAAUGUGAGAUUUUUCCAUGGGCCCUGCAGGAAGAUUGGCAUUCCCGGGUGGGGAAGUUCCAGCACCCAAGGGACAUACUGUGGGCACGAAUGGGCUUCUAAGCCAGCGCUGUGAGCGGGUGAGGCUGGGCUGCCAUCCCAACUCACUGUCCACUCUACUCCUCCCAGGUCAUGGCCAACAAGCCAACCCACUGGGCCUGGACUUGGAAGUGGUGUCCCCACCAAGGUGAAGUUCAGAGGGAUUGCUGUCAGGCCUGGGGCCCCUUACCCCAUGUAUUAGGCUUCUCUAGAGGAACAGAAUCAACAGGAAGUAUAAUUAUAAAAGGGGGACCUAUUAGGUUCUCAUAUGUGACCGGAAGUGAUAGUCCACAAAAAUGGCCGUCUGCAGGCUGGAGAGCUGGGGGAACCAGUAGCUGGGCAGUUCAAGAGGCUGAAGCCCCAGAACUAGAGGGAUCAGUUCUACUCUAGUCUGAGACCAAAGGCUUCUUGAGAAUCCACCUUGAAAAGUGAAGAAGCGGGAGUCUAAUAUCCUCAGACGAUCACACCAGUAAUCAAGAACCUGUUCAAGAAGAAUUGAGCUUGCAUCUGCUGCUGCUUCCUCGGUUCUUCCAACUUUUAUUCCAUCCAAGCCAUCAUCCUAUUGGUUGGUGCUGCCCACGCUUAGGGAGGGUCUCCAUUUCAGUUGGCUAUUCCACAUGCCAAUCAUUCCUAGACAGAGUCUCACUGACAAACCCAUAACCCUCCUAAUCCUUGGAAUAUCUUAAUCCAAUCAAGUUGUGUUAGACCAGGACGCAAGAAAAGACC